UAAAAAAUCAGCUUUGGAAUGAAGAUCUUACUUCACCAGAAACGGAUCCAUACAGAGCAAUGACAAAUGAAAUAAUAAGCAAUGUCACCAGGUUUUAUGAGGGAAUCCGAGUUACUGUUACCGUGAAUGAGUUUAGGAACGGAAGCGUGAUUGCAGAUUUCACUAUCAUUUACAACGUUAGCGACUACAAAUUGAUUGAAAGACUUCAACAGAACAUAUCAUCCACGGGUUUUCUAUACAACAUGCCUCUAGAGGUGGAAGAAUUUACAGCUGAAAAUGUUCCAGAAGUUGCUCCCACAAAUAUAAGUGUGCUUCGUGUGGAAGAUACAAGCAUUCAUAUCAGAUGGAACAGUCUCAGCCUUCCGCCGAGUAUUUCCGCCAUAUUCCAGGGCUAUAAGGUUUUCAUUAGAUCAGUGGGAAGGGCAGACGUCAUAGUUACCACGGUGACCGUAAAUGACCUCGUUAACUUCGUCACUAUAAAAGGACUGGAAUCAUUGGUAACGUAUAACCUGACUGUGGCUGGAUACACACUAAGUGGAGUUGGAAGGGAAAGCGAGAGCUUCUCUGUAACCACCCCUUUAGAUGAUCCGCCUGAAGAUAUAUCAGUAGAACGGGUGACGUCAAAUUGCGUUCAAAUCAAGUGGGGUGGCCUUCCACCAGAGAAACUUGCUGCAUUUGAUGGCUAUCGUGUGUUCUACGCCUUGUUCAGCCACCCCACUUUUUCUUUGAACACGACAGUGAAUUCAUCGACUCAUCGGGUGGAGAUCUGUAGUCUUGAAUCGUCCAUGAAGUAUAAGUUUUAUGUACAGCGUAUCCUUCGAAAAGAUGUGGGAAACGCGAGUGAUGUUAAAUACUUCACGACAGAGAUAGUAAUGCGCUUAGCACCGACCAAUGUGACAUGCCGCAAUACCAGUUCCACUAGUAUCGAAGUUCAUUGGGCACCACCGUCUGUCGAAGUCAACAGCUUGGAAAUCAUUGGUUAUGACUUACAUUUCAGGCCCCAUGGCCUUGCAACUGAGCUGUGGAGCACUUUGCUUGCAUGCAACAGAACUUUGAGUGCUACCAUAAAAUCCCUGGAGAAAUACACGGAAUACGACAUCAGGGUGACUAUCUUCAUUACAAAUGGCCGUGGAAAUUUCAGCGAAAUUGUAAGGUGUUUUACGGAUGAGGACAUUCCACUUGGUGGUCCUGUUAACAUUUCAGCUGAAAACACAAGCUCUACAGGUAUAAACAUCAGUUGGAGCCCGGUUCCCGAAACUUUACGUCUUGGAAUAAUCAACAAAUACAUAUUCAACAUAACAGACUUGUUGACAGGUUACCUAAGAACGAUAGAAUUUGAUGGACCAAGUUUGAACGGUGAAGUGAGAAAUUUGUCGAAGUAUCAAGAAUACAGCGUCCAAGGAGCUGCAGUCAACAGUAAAGGCCGCUCAAAUUUCACGAAUGCGAUAACAUGACGCACGAGCGAAGAUGCCCCAGACAUCCCACCGGAAAACCUAACAGGGUACAACAUAAGCUCUACAUCAAUUGCGGUCGAGUUCAAUGUCUACUCUACUGAGA